AUGUUCCGAUACUUCGCGUUUGCACUUCUCCUGGCAUUUGGAUGUGUACUUCACCAUUCACAUGGGACCGAAGUGACAGUCAAAGACAAAGAUGACAAGUUGUGUCUUUACGCCAAUCUCAUGGUCAACUUCUCUGUUUCGUACACGACGUCAGAGAACAAGAGCGAGCUUGCCGAGUUUGAACUUCCCGCCGAGGUUUCGUCGAACGGAAGUAAGUGCGACGCCACGAGUUCGACCUUGAAGCUCAGCUUCGGAGCGGGACACUCCUGGAGCGUGAACUUCAUCGUCAACGGGACCACCUACCAGGCGGAUGACGUCACGUUCUCCUACAACCUCAGCGACUCUACCGUCUUCCCUAACUCUGCAUUGAACGACACUCUUUCCGUGAAUGCAAGACCUCACAUCACUGACAUAAGCAUGGACACAUGCUACUCCUGCAAGAGCAAAGAGACCAUUCAGUCCGACAUGGUCAACCAGACCCUAUGGAACGUGCUAAUCCAGGCGUUCAUCAAAAAUGGAACGCAGAGUGAAAACUUGACCACAUGUGCCGCCGACUUGCCUGUAAUACCCACCCCCACUCCCACCCCAGUGGUUCCUGUGACAAACACCACAGCCAGCACUCUCGCUCCUACAACCCCCCCGACCCCCACCCUACCCACACCCACAAUCGGGAACUUCAGCAUCAAGCCGGACGAGAACAGCACAGCCUGUCUGUUGGCAAACUUUGCCCUGCGGAUUGGCGUCAAGCAAGGCGAGAAGUAUCAGGAAAUGAACCUGGACCCUAACGUGACCACAGUGUCUGGAUCGUGUGGAGUCAACAGUAGUGAGCUGGUGUUGGUGUCUAAUGCCAUGACCGUAGCGCUCACUUUUACCAAUAACACGAAUAAAUUCCACCUGCAGGCUAUGAAUGUUACGGCAAAGUUGAGUUCUGGUGUAGUCUUCUCCGCUGCAAACAGUAGCUUGAUUCUGUGGGAGGCAGCAUUGGGCAGCUCGUACAUGUGCAACAAAGAGCAGAAUUACUCCAUCACCAGCCAACUCAACAUCUUCACCUUCAACCUCCAAGUACAGCCUUUCGCCGUGAAGAAAGGCCUCUUCAGUACAGCCGAGGAUUGCCUGACGGACUCGGAGAGUUUCCUCGUUCCCGUAGCUGUCGGAGUUGCCCUGCUUGUUCUCGUUCUUAUCGUUCUGCUGGCCUAUUUCAUCGGGAGAAAGAGAAACUUGGCCAGCGGUUAUGAGUCUUUCUAG